AGGGAGAAGGCAAGAGGCGCCUCUUCGGAGCGAGAGCCCGCCCUGGCCGCUCCGCUCCGCUCCCUGCCUCGGCGCUCGGUGGAGGCAGAGUCGCUGCGGCGGGAGGGACCCCUGAUGUUACAAAUCCGCCGGCGGAGACAGAAGAGGCGCCGCCAACUCCAGGAGAGGGAGGGAGCCCGGCUUGCGGGAAGGAUGCCGACGGGAGUCUUGCAGCCAUCUGCAUGUAUGUAAGCAACUUUUGCUGAGCGGGGAGGGAAUUGAAACUUUGCUCUGCCGCAGGAGGGGAUCUUCCGGCCGAAAGACCCAAAUGAGCCCCGGACUGGAGGGACCCGCAGAAGUCGGCAGCGCGGCUUGGUAACUUACCGGGGGUGGGAGGAGGACGGGCGCGCGGGGCUGCCCAGAGGCAGGGGCCGCCGAGGACGAUGCACGCCCGAGUCCUUUUUGCCCUGGCGACCCUGGCUUGCCUGGAAGGCGCGGCGGGCAAGACGCUGAGGUACAGGAUUUACGAGGAGCAGAGGGUGGGCUCGGUCAUCGCGAGGCUCUCGGAAGAUGUCGCCGACGUGUUGUACCGCAUGCCGAACCCUUCCUCGGUUCGCUUUCGAGCCAUGCAGAGGGGCAGCGCGCCCUUGCUGACGGUCCGCGAGGAUAACGGGGAGGUCAGCAUCGGAGCCAAAAUCGACCGGGAGCAACUCUGCCAGAAGAACUUGAACUGUUCCAUCGAGUUCGACGUGAUCACGCUGCCCACCGAACAUCUGCAGCUUUUCCACGUCGAAGUGGAAGUACUGGAUAUCAAUGACAACGCUCCGCAGUUCUCCAGGGCUCUGAUCCCGAUCGAAAUCUCCGAGAGCGCAGCUGUGGGGACCCGCAUUCCUUUGGAUAGUGCCUUUGAUCCAGAUGUGGGCGAGAAUUCCCUGUACACGUACUCCCUGUCUGCCAACGAUUUCUUUACUAUUGAAGUUCGAACCAGGACUGAUGGUGCCAAAUACCCAGAGCUCGUUGUGGUGAGCGAGUUGGACCGGGAACUGAAAUCCAGCUACGAGCUCCAGCUCACGGCUUCCGACAAUGGGGUGCCUCAACGAAGUGGAUCUUCCAUCCUGAAGAUCAGCAUUUCUGAUUCCAAUGAUAAUAGCCCCGUUUUUGAGCAGCAGACAUACAUUAUUCAGCUUUUAGAAAAUUCACGUGUUGGGACUUUGCUCAUUGACCUCAAUGCCACUGACCCGGAUGAGGGUGCUAAUGGUAAAGUUGUGUACUCCUUCAGCAGUCACGUGUCUUCCAAAAUCAUAGAGACUUUUAAAAUGGAUCCUGAACGGGGACAGCUGACCCUUUUGAAAGCAGUGGACUACGAAACCACCAAAUCUUAUGAAAUCGAUGCUCAGGCGCAGGACCUGGGUCCAAAUUCCAUCCCAGCUCACUGCAAAAUCAUCAUUAAAGUUGUUGAUGUGAAUGACAACAAGCCAGAAAUCAAUUUAAAUCUAAUGUCUCCAGGGAAGGAAGAGAUUGCUUACAUUUCUGAAAAGGCUUCCAUGGAGACAUUUGUUGCUCUUGUCAGGGUGCAAGACAAAGACUCUGGUGUGAAUGGAGAGGUGGUUUGCAAACUUCACGGCCAUGGCCAUUUCAAACUUCAGAAGACCUACGAGAACAACUAUUUCAUCUUGACAAAUACCACUCUGGACAGAGAAAAGCGAUCGGAAUACAGCUUGACUGUUAUAGCAGAAGACAGAGGAACACCAAGUCUCUCUACAGUGAAACAUUUUACUGUCCAAAUUGUAGAUGAAAAUGACAACCCACCUCAGUUUCAGACAAAUAGAUAUGAAAUUGUUAUUUUGGAAAAUAACUCCCCAGGGGCAUAUAUCACCUCUGUCACAGCAACUGAUCCUGAUCUUGGAGAUAAUGGACAGGUGACCUACACUAUCUUGGAGAGCUUUAUUUUGGGAAGCUCCAUAACCACCUAUGUGACUAUUGAUCCCUCCAAUGGAGCCAUCUAUGCACUUAGAACCUUUGACCAUGAAGAAGUCAACCAGAUUGCCUUUGUGGUUCAAGCCAGAGAUGGAGGGACACACCAGCUUGCCAGCAAUACUACAGUGAUGCUAACCAUCAUUGAUGAAAAUGACAAUGCUCCUGUGAUUGUGGGGCCAGUACUGCACAACAAUACAGCAGAGAUCUCAAUCCCUAAAGAAGCUGAAAGUAACUAUCAUGUCACAAGGAUAAGAGCCAUAGACAGAGACUCAGGUAUGAACUCUGAGCUAAGCUGCUCAUUAGCAAGUACUAGUGAAGAUAGCCUCUUCAUAAUGGACCCCCACACUUGUGACAUCUAUCUCAAUGCGAGCGUUGAGUCUACUAAGUCAACAGAGUGGGAAUUUUGGGUGGUUGUUCAAGACAAAGGAAGUCCUCAGCUCAGUACCAAAGCACUUCUAAAAUGCAGUGUUUUUAAAUAUGUUUACCUGUCUUCAUCUACAGAAGCCCCUCAUAUUAGCCACUCCCCGGAUGUAUCCAUGAUUACAAUUAUCUCCUUAGGAGCAAUAUGUGCAGUGCUGCUAGUCAUCAUGGUUGUCUUUGCUACAAGAUGCAAUCGUGAGAAAAAGGACACUAGAUCCUAUAACUGUCGUGUUGCAGAAUCCACAUACCAGCAUCACCCCAAAAGGCCAUCGAGACAGAUUCAUAAAGGGGACAUUACACUCGUACCAACUGCUAAUGGUACUUUACCAAUUAGAGCUCACCACAAAGCUUCACCAUCAUCGUCUCCAACACUAGAAAGAGGACAAAUGAGCAGCCGUCAAAGCCAUCACAGCCACCAGUCUCUAAACAGUCUGGUGACCAUCUCAUCAAAUCACGUGCCGGAGAAUUUCUCUCUUGAGCUCACACAUGCUACACCUGCUGUUGAGGUCUCUCAGCUUCUCUCGAUGCUUCACCAAGGCCAGUACCAGCCAAGGCCAAGUUUUCGAGGAAACAAAUACUCCAGAAGCUACAGGUAUGCCCUUCAAGAUAUGGAUAAGUUCAGCUUGAAAGACAGCGGUCGUGGUGACAGUGAAGCAGGAGACAGUGAUUAUGAUUUGGGGAGAGAUUCUCCAAUUGACAGACUUCUUGGAGAAGGAUUCAGUGACCUUUUCCUUACAGAUGGGAGAAUUCCUGCAGCCUCUCCAUCUUCUGAUUAUAGAAGUAAUAUGUUCAUCCCUGGAGAAGAAUUUCAGCCCCAGCAAAGCCAGCCCCAGCAGCAGCAGGUCCUGGAAGAUGAUUCUCAGCCUGUUGACUCAUCUGAAAAGAAAAAGAGUUUCUCGACCUUUGGCAAAGAUAGUCAGAAUGAGGAGGAAUCAAGUGACCUCUGCACCUCCUCCCUGCUUUCCGAAAUGAACAGUGUUUUCCAGCGUUUAUUGCCUCCUUCCUUAGAUGCCUACACAGAAUGCAAUGAAAUGGAUCCUCCCAGCUCCUUAGAGCGCAGGAAAGGACAUUUGUCUGCCAAGACUGUAAGUUACCCACAAGGGGUAGCAGCGUGGGCAGCCAGUACCCAUUUCCAAAAUCCUGCAAACAGUACUGGGCUAACUUUGGGGACUCAUGCAGGGGCUCAGCCAUCUUCUAAAUGGUUGCCUGCCAUGGAGGAAAUUCCAGAGAAUUAUGAAGAAGAUGACUUUGACAAUGUGCUUAAUCACCUCAACGAUGGGAAACAUGAACUCAUGGAUGCCAGCGAGCUGGUGGCAGAAAUUAACAAGCUUCUACAAGAUGUCCGGCAGAACUAGAGGGUUUUGUUUCAUAGCAUAUUAAUUUUCCAUAUUUAUGGGAAACUGAGGGAAAGAAACCCAGAAUGACAAGA